AUGGCCAGCAGCGGCGGCGCCAACGACCUCCAACUGGAAGAAAUCCACGACGACGAUUCCCAUGAAAACGACGGCGGCGCCGUGGAGGACCAGGAGCUGUAUGCGCUGCAACGACUCGACACCAAGUGCACGGAGCUGCAACAAGAAGGCAAGUACACGGAAGCCCUCGAGUGCAUGGAGAAGGGACUCGUGCUGCGCCAGCACUUCUUUGGCUCGGACAGUCCCGAAGUUCGCGACGCGUGCAAGACUGUCGGAGACAUGUGCAACCUCCUCGCCAUGACGUACUUGCAGCAGGAAAACUUUCCCAUCGUGUUAGAAUUGCUCAAGAAGGCCGAGAUCCUCACGGAGCGCCAUCCGGCUGGCCGCGCCGUGACCCUCAACAACUUUGCAUGCUAUUACCGUCGCCAGGGCAACCUCCACAAGGCCCUAACGCAUCUGACAGAAGCAUUGGCGAUCGAAGCCAAGCUUGAGCAUGUCCCGAACCGCGCCGACACGCACUUGAACAUGUGCGCGGUGUUGUCGCAACUUGGUCGGCAUCAAGGGGCUUUGGAACAGGCCCAGGCCGCUCUCAUUCUGCUCCACGAAGAGCUCUUCUCAGCACCAACCCCGGGCAAUCAGCACGGAUCGCCAGUCGCAGAUGCAAGCGUCAAACUGGACCGCAUCGCGGUGCUCGGGAUAGCGUACCACAACGUUGGUGUCGAGCAGGAGUUUCUGAAAAAGCUCGAGCUCAGCAUUCACUCGUACCGGAAGGGCGCGGAAGUAGCAGCCAAGUACUUGGGCGAGUCCCAUGGCAUGGUCAUCACGCUGCGGAACUCGCUAGUCACGGCAACGAGGGCGCUGGAAGCGAGGGCGUCGCGUGGCCGCCUUCCGACUACGGGCGACGGCAUUUCCAAGUUUUCCCAGAUGAAGCACACGCUGAAAGCACGGUUUCGCCGAAGCAACUCGAAAGUGGCGGUCGAACGAUAA